GUUUACAGCUACCAGGAGGAAGCGUCCCAGUCGCGACAUCGAUGCUUCCGAAUCCAUACAAACUCACCUACAAAAACAUCAACUCGCGAUUCCAAAUUCCAGUUCUUGUUCCUGCCCCUUUUCUCCCCAGUCACCAUCCAUUCUUGACCACCCGUCGAUAAAAAGAUUAAUCCUCGUUCAAUCCCGUGCUCCUUCGUUCUCUCUCUCGUUCCCUCCAUCACCAACCGCAAGAAAACCACCCGUUCAUCAUCUUUCCAUCCCGACCCAAGAAGCCUUUCCUUUUCCGCGGAUCAAGGAGCGGGCAAAGCUCGAAUCUUCCGCGGGUUGCCGCUUCUGGGUUCGCUCUUCCUUGCCGCCAGGUGACCGGCGAUGGCGUCUCUCGGGGUCCGCGGCGGCGGCGAGUGCUGCAUGAGCCGCUUCGAUCUCCCCGCCCGCCACAUCGAUCACCAGAGCCCGUCGAAGCCGUGGUCGGUGACGAUGCCCAACGGAGCGAGAUCGAGGACCCAGAUGCGGCGCGCCGUUUCGGCGGCGGCCCCGAUGGCGCCGGUCCGGAUACCCAGGAAGCCGAAACCGUACCAGGAGUUCGAGGAGGGCGCCGCGAUCGCGCACGAGAAGCUGGACGAUUGGAUGGAGGACUCGGUGGCGGAGAUCGUGAGGAACCUCCGCGGGGCGCCGCUGUUCGUGCACGUCUACGACGAGAACCGCGGCGCCGGCGCCGGCGCUGGCGGGGCCAGGGGCGGCGAGUCGAUAAGGCUAAGGACGGAGAAGGGGAUGAGGGAGGAGGAUUGGGAUCGCGUGAGGAUGAAGUGGGAGAAGGGGGAGGUCCAGAAGCCUGAAGGCGUGAUCUACGUGGAGGAGCUCGAGGAUGACGACGAGGGAGGAGAUAAUGUGACCAGAAUUUGGGGAUUGGUGGUGCAGGGGAAGGGGGCGAAUUGCGGGCCGGCUUGCUAUCUGCUCAAGACGUGCCGGGUCGGGUCGGGUUUGGGGGCGUGCAGCACGCACUUCUGCUUGAUGAAGGUGAAGAGUUUCCGGGAAUCCGCCAGAUCGCAGCUCAAGAAUUUCUGGUUGUGGUAGGUGUCGGCGAGAGGGGGUCGCGAAUGGUGACGGGAUGGGGGAUGAUCGAUUCUUUCGAUUUCGAAUGUAAGCAGCAUUCGGUGCAAAUCAUUGGGGUUGAUUGUGGAGGAUUCUUUAAUGAUUUGAGCUUCAAUUGUACAGAUAAAUCACAGAGAACAAAGCGGAUUGAAUUUUAGUAUGAUGGCCUCUUGACGGGGCUUUCUUUUCCCCCAGCGAAAGUCUUCAGUUUACGUUGCUGUUGGAGUAUUUAGAAAUCGUAAAUGGUAACGUGCUUACGGCAUAGUUUAACGAGUACUAGACUUUGCUUUGUGGCAUCUCUGGGAAUUUGAUCAAACAAGCAUAAUCCCUGAUUUAUUGCU